UGUUCUUACCUGAGAAUUUUCGUGAAGCAUUACCUGUGAAGCUUACUGAGAACUAACAUUAUAUUGUCGGAAAUUACUUGCGGUAGGAAUUUUCUUAUAAAACAUUGAAGAUGCCGGGGUUUCCAAAGGCCACGCAUAUAACCAUAGUUGGUGGUGGAAAAGGGGCCCAUGUUUUAGCGGGUCUAUCGUCCUUGGUUGGAAAUGCCACUGUCACUGUCGUAAGCACACACGAAGAUGAAGCCGAACGAUGGACGGCGGCUAUGAAAAAAGGCGGAUUCGUAGUAAAGUAUAGCAGCGGUUCAAAAUCGUCGCAAGCAGCAGGAAAGGUGAAGUUUACUGUAAGAAAUGAUUUCGAGGAAAGCAUCAAGAUCUCAGAUAUUGUUGCCAUUUGUUUGCCAGCAAGUUUACAUGAAAGUGUGUUAAAGCAGAUUGUUCCAUUGCUUCAAGAGAAUUGUCUUGUUAUUGGAUUUCCAGGUUUUACAGGAUUCGAGUAUCAAGUAAUUGCUAUCUUGAAGGAACGCGAAAAGACAUGCAAUGUAUUAUCCAUUGGUACCUUGCCAUGGGUUUGUAGAAUAGUUAAAUAUGGCGAAGAGGUAGAAGUUAUUGCCGCGAAAGAAGUGGUACAUGCGUGGCUGAUGGAAAGGUCAAAAGAAAAACUUUCUCCGCUUCAAAAAGUCCAGAUGCUAAUCGGGUCAAAACCUGCACUGAAAGUAGUAACAAAUAUUCUUAAAUAUACACUUAUGAAAAUACCUGUAAUUAACCAAUCGUUGGUGUACCAAAAAUGGAAGGAUUGGGACGGCAAAGCCGUUGAUAAAGAGCCUCUUAUGUAUCAGGAAGUAGACGAAAAUUCAAUGCGUUAUAUCGAUGGGAUAUCGAGUGAAAUUAACGACCUUGCCAAUAUUCUGACAAAACGGUUCCCUUCUCUUGAUGGCACCGCAUUGAUUAAUGUACAGCAGAAUUUGAUAGAGGAAUACCCUGGUCUCAUUAAGGACAAGUCAUCAAUUCUGUCUUGUCUGAAAACAAACACAGCUUUGGAAGGAUUGGUUUACCCAAUGACAAAGACAACAGAUGACACCUUUGUUCCGAACUUUCAGCACGAGUUUAUCACAGAGGAGAUUCCAUACGGCUUGCUUAUUGUUAAACAGAUGGUAGACAUGGUGGAAUUGAAGACGCCGAUCAUUGAUGAAGUCAUACAGUGGUCACAAGAGAAAAUCGGAGCCAAGUACAUGAAGGAGGGAGAACUCAGUUACGUUGACCGCAAACGAGGACGGCUACCGAUGGCUUAUGGAAUCGAUACCAUUGAAGAAUUCGUGGAUUUCUUUUCAGUAACCAACUAGUUACUGUAACAGAAAGAACGAGUGGUGGAGAUUGAUGUUUGUUGUUUCAGUUUAUGAGUUUUGUUAAUGUACUUAAAACAGUUUUGCUGCGAGAAACAUUGGUUGUUGCUUAUAUUUGCAAAUAUUCUUCAUUAAUUUAUAAACACGUUAUACAAUUUUAUAUACAACAAGAUGAUAGCGUUCAUCAAGAGACAAAAUACUCAUUUAGAAAGUAUAAAGUCAAAAUAAUGAGUGUAAACGUCUAUUUAUUAGGUCGCACAAAUAUUUGUUCUACUGAGUUAGACGCCCCAAAAUAGGAGCGAGCGAGCAGACAAAAAGACAGAAGAAAAAUUCAAAUAUCUUUACUCCAUAUCGAUAUUAUCACAUGAAAGCGCAACAUACUGUGUCCAUAUACAUUGAAUAUAUCUGCCAAUCAUAUUUUAAGGUUGAUAAUGAACUGUGCCAAUAAUUAAUUCUAAAUGCAUGUUGUACAGGGUUUGCCAACUUUGCCCCUGAAUUUGUUAGUGAUCGCUGAAAAUUACUUGUGGCAUGUGCCAAUGUUUUGUGCAGUUCUGUCAUUCUGAAAACAACUGAUAUAAUUGGAGACAUAACUUCCACAUUCUCAGACGAACAAUCACAACCAUUCGCCUAAUGCAAUUAAUUCACAAUACUAAUCGGUCUUUCUUGC